UGAGACCAACCAAGCAGUCUAGUAGGCGUGAAAGGCUACAGGAAGCGACUUGACGUGGUAACACGAUCUAGCUGACAACCCGCAGUUGUGCGUCUAAGAUCCUUGCAACAAACUCCCGUCUCAGACAUAAACAGUUGAAGCCGGCCACGUAUCUCCAACACUUCUUUCCCUCCUUCCCUAGACUACCUCGCUCGCUCGUCUAGUGAGCCCAUCAUCGCUCUUCGCGAUUUUAACGGAAGUACUCGAAGCGCCAGAAGGACACGCCCCGGGGCGUUUGAACAGCGACAAUGACAACGUCAGUCAUAUGGUUGCCAAACCCUGGAGCGACACUGCGGCCCUCAAGUCCGGAUCUGCCCUCAAGUCCGGAACCGUCAUCAAGUCCGGAUCGCUGCAUCCGUUUAGUAGUGGAUACCACAGAGUCUAAAUCAUCGGUGCCGGAGAUUAGUCUUGCACUCACCACGGACGCUCAGGAGAUCACAGUCAGCACGGAAUGGCAAGAGUCGUCGAAAGAGAGCAUAGGCGUUGGGUUUCUUGAUCUACCUCGAGAGAUCCGCGAUAUGGUGUAUGCGCAAGUUUGUGCAGGCUUGAGGCGCGACGGGAUUAGAUGGUGGCAGACCGCUCCACCGCUCGCGACGCGCGAAUCUAAAGCGCAAGAGGAGGAAACCAGAGCUCCUUUAGAGGAUGAAAAGGAUGAAAAGGAUGAAGAGGAUGUGGGGUCGUCUGUUGCGUACGCUGACUGCGCCAUCAUGCGUACUUGCCGACAAGUUCAUGCGGAAUUUGCAGAAGUCGUCUACUCGACCCCUCUUCAAUUGAACGACGUAGAACCAGGCAUCAACUUGAUCAAAUUUCCACCGCUUUACGCCAGCCUCGUCCGCUCAGUCCUGGUCGUGCGGACAAUUAGCCUCCGUCAAAUCGACAACCAAAGCGAUAAAGAGUGGCGCGAACUCCUUCAAAGUGCCACUAGUAUCUCCAAGGUCUUUCCAAAUACGACCACACUGCGAGUGGGCUGGUGCCACGGCGCGAAGGGCUACGAGCGUUGGUUUACCAAGUGGAACGGCAAAAAUCAGAAUGUGCAGAUAGUUGAGAAAACUAUUAGGAGGGUGAAAGGACAAGCAAACUCACCCAUAAUCGUACCACAUCAGAUGGAAUUAGUGCAGCUCGUUGGGCCGGGAAAGGAUUGGGAAGACUUUGGCUCUACUAAGAACGUUGUGCAUCCAGCUUUUGCGGAAGCAGUAAGAAAUUCACGGUCGAAGCCAAAAAGCAAGGGUAUGCAAAACCAGAAGGCCUAUAUUAGAGAGACUCAGGAGCGCAAACAGAAGGCUAAAUCGUGCACUUGAUGAGACACGAUACUGUAUCAGCAUGUACAUCUCUCAAGCACCAGCAUCUAGCAACAACCCUGGUGAGCAAUCCUCGUUAUCGGCAGGAUCCCCCCCCAUCUUCCCAAAUCCAA